CCUCCUUCUUCUCACCUCCUCCUUCCCUCUGUCCUUUCUACUUGGAUACCCUCAUUGUCGCAUCUAGUCGAAUCUGCUUUCUCAUUGCUGUCGAAAACGGUUCUGGAAUAUUGGCUGCGAUGCCUCGUCGCGAAGCCAAAGGGCUCUCGUCCAUCAUGUCCGACGUACGCGAGAAACGAGCCCGACGAGCUGAAAACAGACAACCUUUUUUUGUUUUGAAACUCACGGUCGGCAUAUGCAGCGCGAUUAUCAUAUAUGCUUGUUAUGUGUAUAUUGGAAGGCUGUGCGUUCCGAUGUUGAAGCAGAGUUCGGGAGCGAUGGGUAGUAGGGCUAUGGGAGUCGCGUUCCUGGUGGUGUUCAUACUGUUCGCUGUGAUGAUGAUCUGGUCGUAUGUCAUGGUCGUGUUGGUACCACCGGGCUUCGCAAAAGAUCACGCAUCCCCUUCAAGCCAACCCGCACCUUCCUUCCCCGCUCCCAUCCCGCCAUCUUUCUCGGCCCUCUCUUCGCCGCCCUCUCCCGCGCACACUAACGCCGCACAAUACAUCGACCCGAACGUGGAGGAGACGAUCGGGAUACCGUAUGAGAGGAUGGCUACGGUGGGCGAGUGGACGGACGAUCCAGAUGCGCAGAGGAAUGGAGGUGUGGACGUGAAUGGGCGGGGAACCGAAGAGGGAAAGGAGGAUGGGAGGAGAGAAGGUAAGGGGAUGGGUGUGCGCGGGAAGGAGAAGUUGGCGGUGAUGAACGGGAAGACGAACGGAAAUGGGAAUGGGCGUGCACCAUCGCCGCCGCACGUCGAUUGGGAAGACGACGGUUACGCAUCUGAUAACUUUGGACCUGAACACGAAUAUGAACACGCUCACGACCUCGACCUCGAACCACAGAGACCUCCAGCAGCGGUCGUACAUGCACCCCCAACCGACCAUCGAAAUGGACCUACCACGAACGGAAAUACACAUCACGACACGAGAGCAUCGAGACCAAGAGGAGGCAGAGGAGAUGAUGCGCCUGCAGUCAUCGACGACGGUUUGUUCAAGAUAACAGGCAAAGGCCACGUUUCACCCUCGUCUGCGUCUUCUAGAGACAGACCUUCGAAUUCGAGACGGCCUACUUCUGAUCGGCGAAGACGACGAGAUAGUCACGCUCAGGCGGCAGGGCAUCAUGCUCAGAAUGGCGGAGGACAAGCAGGUGGUGUGAAUGGCAGAGUGGUUGGUGAGGGAGAACUGGAGAAAGGAUGGAGGAAGGAGGAUUUGACGAGGAAGCCGAGUAAUAUUGCGGUGUUGUUACCGGAGUAUAGGUAUUGUAGGAGAUGUUGUAUCGUGAGGCCGCCGCGGGCACAUCAUUGUAGGGCUUGUGGGACUUGUGUGUUGAAGUACGAUCAUCAUUGUCCAUGGAUAGGUCAAUGCGUAGGUGCACGCAACCAUAAAUAUUUCCUCGACUUCGUCGUCUGGGCGGUGUUCUUCUGCUUCUGGACGCUCUCGACAUUGAUUGCGCUCAACGUGAUCGCGGGGAACAACUCGGAGUCGGGAGGUACGAUCGACGCCCAGGAGAUCGUCCUCAUUGGACUAUCGGGCCUCUUCGGCCUCUUCGCGUUCAUGAUGGGGCUCACCCAUAUCUCACUCAUCCUGACGAACCGGACGACGGUGGAGCAUAUGUCGAUGAGAAGUAUGAAAGAUAGGGAGACGGAGGUGUUGGGCAGGUUGUGGAGUUGGUGGCAGGUCGGAGCGAAACGGAGGACGAAGAAAGCGUGGGACCAGGAAUGGGGUAAGAUAGAGACGGAUGGGAAUUUGUGGUGGGCGGGGAGCAUGAGGAAAAACUGGGAGGAGGUGAUGGGCCCCGUUUGGUGGAAAUGGUUUCUGCCCAUCGGACCGACAGAUUCUGGUCUGGAAUAUCCCAUCAACCCGAGAUUCGACGAGUUUGGACGGUGGAGACCGAGGAGGGAGUGGCCUGAUGAGUUGAGGUAGUUGGAGGUUUGGGUCUGGGUGGUGGCUUCGAGCUUGUGGCCCUCCUGGUGAUGAUACUGGUUUAUUCUUUUUUUUUUUUUUUUUUUUUUUUUUUUUUCAUUCUGGCGCUUUUGACUGGUCCCUACACAUAUCUAACGGCUAAAAUAAUCCCUUCACGUUGCUCUGUACAUGAUUGACUACGUUUAUCCACGGGCUCGCUUCACACUUCAUGCUUCACACGUAGGACUUUUGCGCUACGCUAGCUUUACGUUUUCAUGGACAUUCUUCUGCUGGAUCGUACUUUGAUGGUCAUGAUGUAUGAUACUUACGACGACGACGACGACGACUUGAUGUACAUACCUACAAGGGAGACAUUGAUUCAGACAUAUAGACACUGCGAC